GUUUUGCCUCCUGCUUUAUAGGAAACACGGAGAAUUCCCUGGACCAUGAACGGUGGGAGCACAUGCUGCUUCAGUUCCUAAGAACAUCUCUGGAGACGAUAGACAACAGUGCCUGGAGCAGCCAGAUAAGCCUUGAGUUGAGCCAGCAGAAGGCCAGCUAUGCCAGCCCUUCCAAAGAGAAGAGUUUCCUGUAUAAGGUGCUAGGAACGUCCUUAGCAGUUUGUCAGGACCUGGUCCACGUUAAAUCACAGACUCAUAAAUUUCUGACAACAACAGAUUAUAUGGAAGCCCCUGAGAGAGAGGGAGUCAUUUCCAUCCUCGCAUUCUCUGCUGAGAGCCACUUGGACCUCACCUUGAACACACUUCAGGAGUUUGGGGCUGCAAUGAGCAAGGUUAAGAUUUCUGGGCUCAUCGACCAUCUGAAGGACUGGAUUGGGACCAAGUUCUUACAAUGGAGCUGACACUACUUGGACCGGCAAGAAAAUCACCACUGCAGUAGCCAAAUCCAAGAGAACCAGUUGAAACCGAUCACUUCUUCGAAGAGGAAUUCAUUACUAUUGAGUUAAGCCCUGUGUAUGGAAACUCAUUUAGAGAAGACUUCCUGUUCCUCAGACACGAACAGAAUAUC